CAACAUCAAACCACACACUAACUAGCAUUUCCCAUGAAACGGCGAAAGCUCUUAAUAUACUGGUCAGCCUUACAAGCCGGCAUAAGUUUGGUAGCCUUCCUCACCCUACUACUAGCUCAGCAGACAGAUGCCGCCAUUAUACCCCCACCCUGGAGUGAUCCAGAGAAAAAUCCCUGUGCUGCCAUGCCCGGUGGUUGGCAAUUGUUGUAUUGGCCGCCUUUAAAAAAAUGUUUUAAAAUCUUCACCAUUGGCUAUCCCUGUCCCGAAACAAUGGAAUUGGGUCCCACCGCCUCUAUAGGUUCAAGUAAAAAAAAACAUAUGUCUAAUGCUCCCAUUGCCGAGUGUAGAUGUCCACCGGGCACCGUGUUAAGUGCUAAAAACAACAAAUGCUAUAAAAUAUUUGAGAAGGGGCCGUGUAAUAAGGGCCAGUAUUUUAGUCCCAUAGCGGAGACUCAAUUGGGCAAUAAGAGAACCUCAAAUCGUUGGGGUGUUUGCAAAACCCCUAGAUCUUGUCCAGAUGAUAUGCUAUUUUGGCCCAAGGAUGGUAAAUGUUAUACGAAAUUAACCAAAGGACCCUGUACCAAAGGAAAGUUAGUAGUAUUAAACGAUGAAGGUUUGGCCGAAUGUCAGUGUCAUAAUUCUGGCGAAUUAAGUGCUUAUUUUUAUGAUUUAGAAGAAUCAUGCCAUGAACAUUUUACCAAAGGACCCUGUUCUACACCGGGACAUUUGUUUUUGCCUGGAGGACGCUGUGAUUGUCAUCGAUUUCUGCCGCACUAUCAUGAAGAUCAGCAAAUGUGUUAUGAAUUAAAUUCACCUGGUCCCUGUCCGCCGGGCCAUGUGUUCUUAGUGCCCGAAAAUAUUAGCUCUAGUGAUAAUGAAGCCUAUGGUUUGAUAUUUACCCGGGCCAAAUGCCAGUGUAAGGAUGGUUAUGUACCCUGGUCCGAUGGUCUAUGUUAUCGUCUUUAUACACGAGGUCCCUGUGCAGCCGAUGAAUUCCUAAUAAAUUCGACCACUUGUAUACGUAACUUUUGUGGCAAAAAUCGUUUAUAUUUUCCAGAUCAGAAGCAAUGUUAUCGCAUAGGUUCCCAGGGACCCUGUGAUCUGUAUCAGGUGGUGGUUUUCGAUUUUACCGCUCGUCCUUCGGUGGAUGGUAUUUCCUAUAAUGGCAUGUGUGGCUGUGCGGGCGUUAUAAUGAAUUUGGAUCAACAGUGUUCUACUCCCGAGGAAUCUGUAACAAAUACUUGUGAAUCUACACCGGGAAUGGUGGAGUUAGAGGGUAAUUGCUAUAAAUUAUAUAGCAGAGGUCCUUGUGGUGCGGGUCAAUGGUUGGAGCCUAUUAAAUCCCUAACCUUGGAUACAGCUAGAAGAAUACAAACAAAAGCAAAAUGUGUUUGCCGGCCAGGCUAUACGCCAGCUGAAAAGGCAGCUAAUAAUAUGACAACGGCAACGGCGGUACAACAAUGUAAUGCACCCACCGUGGGUUUAGCCAGAUGGUUUUUAGAAAUUUUCGGUUAAAACUCCGCCUCAACGCAAAUAAAAUACAAACAAAUUCGUCUCAUAAUAAGUAUAUAUUUAUGUUUUAGUCUAAUAUUUAAGUUUGAAAUUAAUCAUUUUGUUAUAAGUAAGAUUUUAUAAAGAAAAAAAAUUAUUGCUAAAUUUAAGUUUGUGCCAUUAUUAUAGAGAAAAAAGAAAUACGAAAAAAUUAAAUAAAUUAAAAAAGAUAUUUCGAAUAAUUUAAACGAGAAA